UAAAUCCCUCUCCUUCCUCUCCCCUUCCCCUCCAGGCCUCCACUCCCACCACCUCCACCUCGUCUCCCACCACCGCCGCGCGCGAGCCCUAGCCCGAUCUCGCCGGCGGCAGGCGCCAGAUCCCGCCGCCCGUUGCGCCCCGGGACGCGCCCCGCCGGAUUCACCGCUCCUCGCGCUGCAGCACGCCUGGGCCAGGACAAGAGGGCAACUCUGGGGGCACAAAGUAAUUCACCUUGGUUACAGGUUACUGCGUGGCAUGUAGUAUUGUAUUAUUGGUGGAGGCUGUCACCACAAGGCAUAUGUUGUGAUUUGUCGAUGGCGAGGAGAUGAAACAAGUGUGGGGGCGGAGCAGCAAGGACAUGACAGCCAUGCCCCCUCUGCGCCACCGAGGCGCUGCUAAGAAGCCCAUGUGGAUCAUAGUUCUAUUGUCAUUGGUUUGUGUUGCCCUUAUGGGGGCCUAUGUAUACCCACCACGGCGCUACUCCGCAUGCUACUUCUUUGCUUCGAGUGUCUGUACUCCGUUCAAGGAUUGGCUACCUGCUGUUGCUCGGGAGCGAACCGAUGAAGAGAUAGUUUCAUCCGUGGUUAUUAGGGAUCUUCUUUCGAUGCCUAUGGCUGUGUCAAAGAACCCAAAGAUUGCCUUUAUGUUCCUGACACCAGGUACAUUGCCUUUUGAGAAGUUGUGGGAGAAAUUUUUACAGGGUCAUGAUGGGCGAUAUUCCAUCUAUAUCCAUGCAUCUCGUGAAAAACCUGUACAUUCUAGCUCUCUGUUUGUUGGGCGUGAAAUUCACAGUGAAAAGGUAGUAUGGGGGAGGAUUUCGAUGGUUGAUGCAGAGAAGAGGCUGUUAGCAAAUGCAUUGGAAGAUGUUGAUAAUCAAAUUUUCGUCUUGCUUUCUGACAGCUGUGUUCCACUACAUACAUUUGAUUACAUAUAUAAUUAUCUGAUGGGAACCAAUGUCAGCUUCAUUGAUUGCUUCCUCGAUCCUGGCCCACAUGGAACUGGAAGGUAUUCGAUGGAAAUGCUUCCUGAAAUAGAACAGAGGGACUUCAGGAAGGGUGCCCAGUGGUUUGCUAUAACACGAAGGCAUGCUUUAUUGAUUCUGGCAGACAACCUUUACUACAAUAAGUUCAAGCUGUACUGCAAGCCAGCAGAGGGACACAACUGUAUUGCUGAUGAGCAUUAUUUGCCAACCCUCUUCAAUAUGGUCGAUCCUGGUGGAAUAGCUAACUGGUCGGUGACUCAUGUUGAUUGGUCUGAGGGAAAAUGGCAUCCAAGGUCAUAUAGAGCUGCAGAUGUUAACUAUCAACUCUUAAAGAACAUAACGUCUGUCAAUGAGAAUUUCCACAUUACAAGUGAUGAUAAGAAAGUUAUGACACGGACUCCAUGUAUGUGGAAUGGAACAAAAAGACCAUGCUACCUUUUUGCUAGAAAGUUUUACCCAGAAUCUCUGAACAACCUGCUGAAGCUAUUCUCCAGUUACACAUAGGCUUGAGUUCUACAUGAUUUUUUUCCCCAUUUGGCCUAGGUGAUUCCCCUAGGAUUUCUUUUUUCUGCUUUAUGUAAAUUGUGAAAUUGAUACUUAGAGGCUUAACACACAGUUACAGAUCCAGGGCCAGUGAUGUAAUUCUGAGUCCCUUGGUAGGGCUGAGGUGCUGUUUGUUUAGUAUUUACGCUGCCCUCACUGUCAUUCGUGGUGCCCUCUGUAUGACUGUAUGCUUCUGUUAGCCCUUCACUUCUCUCUCUCUGCUCUCUCAUUCUUAGAUUCCUAGCUCCCAUUUCCUGAGUAACAGGGGUUUUGUCAGUUCCUACUGUUAUUAUAAGAUUAAUUCUUUUUCAGACACGAAGAGAUUAUGAAAUCAGUUACACUUUAUAGUUUAA